UUUUAUGCUAAUGUUAUGUCUAAUAAUACGUUAAUAGUCCUAAAUAUAUAUAUAUAUAUAAUUAAUUAAUUUAAAAAAAAUAAAUAUAUAAAUAAUAGUAAAGUUAGUAAUUUAAUUCAUUAAAUACGGAUAUUAAACGUGUUAUACGGGUUUUAUACGUGUUUAAUACAAAAGCUAUCAAAUGAACGGACAAAAAAGAAACGACUUGACAAUAAUACAGAUACAUAAGUUUUAAACGGAUAAAGUACGUACGGGUACAUAUACGUAGGGCUAGAAGUUUGGUACCGGUACUUGGGAUAUACCGAAUACCGUAUAGAAUUUGUCUAUAUUAGGUAUUACUGAAUACACGUAUUAUUUCUUGGGAUUGGGAUUGAGAUUCAAUUUCAAUUGUUAAUCAGUAUUAGGGAUUAUGAGAUUGGGAUCUGUAUAUACCAAAAUACAGAACAAUACCGAAAUAUAAGCUAGUGUGUAUUUUAUUCUCUCAACUAGACUCUCUCAUUCACUACUACAUGACCCUCAACCAACAAUCUAUUGUUAUUUUCAUAACAGCAAAAAGCAAACACUAGUAUUAUUCUUCUCUCACCCUCCAAUUCGUCAAAUUAAAGAUUACCAAUGACAAAAACUUGAGAUGCCACCUCUCCUCCAUUCUCUUUAUCCAUAUCUUAGCUCCAGACAAACUCAAUACUCUUCGCUUAGUCUCUUUUUCCUAUAUUAAACAAUCAAAUAUAAUUUAUAUAUUUAAUUAUUAAUUGUAAAGGUAUUUAAUUUUGUAUUCGGUAAUACCAAUUGGGAUAUCGAGGUACUGAUUGGGAUACCGAAAUAAUUAGGAAUUGGAAUUGGGAUACCAAAAUUAUUUAGGGAUUGAGUUUGAGUUUAGGGUGUAAUUCGAUAUUCGAGAUUCCGAUAUUUGGUAUUGGGAUACCUAUACCGUACCGAUUUCCACCCCUACAUAUAUGUGUAUUAAACGGAGAAUUUACUAACUAUCCCAUUUGUAUUUUGGCCACUAAACCGUAAAAAUUGAAAAUAAUGGCCACCUAAAAAGCAAGGACCAGGAUACCGUACCGGACCGGCCGGUCGGACCGGGAGAAUCGGAAACCGGAGGUGAAACGACACAAUAGGGUUGUGUACCCUUCAAAAACCUGUCGGGCGGUAUUUGCGGUUGGACCGCAAUGGGCCGAAAUUUCGGCUGGUUUUAAUAAACCCGGCGGUCCCUUCAUUUUAUGCAAACGACGCCGUUUUGAUGCAAAAAAAAAAAAAUGGAAGGGAAGCAGAGACGCAAAAACCCUACCUUCGGCUGGCCCUUGCUAGCGCUAUUCUCUCUGCCUCUCGUCUCCCUCUCCCAGCGCCGCUCUGCCUCUCGUCUCCCCGCGCCGCGCCGCUCUUCCUCUCGAACUCUACCAGAGAUCAACACCACCGGCGACUAUUCUCUCUGCCACUCGUCUGCCUCUCCCAGAGCCGCUCUGCCUCUCGUCUCCCCGCGUCGCGCCGCUCUUCCUCUUGAUCUUCUAGUGCACCAGCGAGGGCUGCUUUCCCCUCCGAGGUUUUGGACCCAGUAGAAAGAGAUAACUGAGCAAGAUUAUAGCUUUGAUUCGAUUCCUUUUGAAAUUGGGAGUUUUCUUGUUCGUGCUGAUGGCUGCUUUGACUUUAACUUGGGUUGUGAAUUAAAUUGUUGGUUCAAGGCUAUGAAGGAAAAAUCUCUGGUUUUGGGGGAAGCUUGACUUGGUGUGGUUUCUUCUUGACCUUUCUAGUUUUGCUUGGGGUGGAGAUCAUGAAUCACGAAGGUGGGUAUAUGGUUGAAGUUACGGGGCUUACUCCCAAAGCCACGGAGAAGGAUGUUCAUGAUUUUUUUGCCUUCUCCGGCGCUAUUCAGCAUGUUGAAAUCGUCAGGUAAACAGAAAGCAAGAAGAAAAGAAAAUGAAGAAGAAUCAGAAGAGAGGAAACAUUCUAGUUUUCUUCUUCUUCUUUCCAACCUGGUUAUUUUUCUUUGUGGGUUUUGGCUUUUCUAAUUGUGUAAUGAAUAGGUCUGGUGAUUACGCAUGUACUGCUUAUGUGACAUUCAAAGAUGCAUAUGCCCAGGAGACUGCUGUCCUGCUCAGUGUAAGGCGGUAUAAUCCGGUUUUAUUUCGGUAUUUUCCCGGUAUGGUAUCCUAAUUUUGUCAGUACGGUUUUUUAACAAAAAAACAAUUUUUUUAUUCCAAAAACGGUAUUUGCCGGUAGUGAUGGCAAUGGGUCGGGGCGGGGCGGGUACCUCAAUACCCAUGCCCCGCCCCACGAUAGUACAGGUCGGGGCUGGUAAUACCCGCGCGGGUACGGGGCGGGGCAGGUCGACCCACUCUUACAUGCUAUUUGAGAAAAAUACACGUACAAUUUUACUUUUUAUGAUAAAACGAAGGGGAAAAAACUUGAUGAAUGAAUAAUAGUGAUAAUAUAAUAAGUAAUUGAGUCUAUUUAGUUGAAAGAUCAAGUCUAACUAGUUGAAUAAAAGCCUAAAUAGGAGAUAUAUGAACGGAUGUGGUAAAAAAUUGACAUAGAACGG